AUGGCCAUAGGCUUACUGAAGUUGUACUUUACGUUACAAGAAAAAAAAUACAGCAAUGACCUCCGUAAUAAAAAAAAGUCUGCAAAUAAACGCAUCCGAGAUCAGCUUUGGCUUGCCACAGACAAAAAAGACGAGCAGGAGCUUGAUCACGCCAUCUGUGCAUUCGAGAAGAACAAACUUGAGGACAAUGGUGACUUAACGGACGCCAAAGAGAAACUUUCCUACCUCAUGCUCAGGAAAGAAAUUCGUGACGCGAUGCUGCGGCGACAUCCCGGAGUACUGGACAAGGCCAUACAAAAUGUUGAGGAGUCUCCGUACCAGUUCAAUCUUCAACACUACUUGGACCGGGCCCGUGAACUAAGACAACACCUGACAGAGUUGGACACCUACAGACACGACAUCCUCGAGAUGGACCAGUCCACCAUUUCAGAGAUUCGUUCUUACCAUCACCCGCCAGAUGGCGUUCACGAAACAAUGACGUCCACCUACCUAAUCUUAGGCUACAAGGAGUGCGAACUAACGGAGUGGUCAGAUAUCCAGUGCCUGCUGGGUCGUUACGGCAAAGAGAGUCUGAUGCGAGAGGUUAAAAAUGCGGACACGGUCAACAUGACGGAUCAGACGGCAUCCCGGGUCGAUGAACUUCAGUCCAAAUUUACGUCAGACAAGAUCCGUGCCGUCAGUUGUGGCGCGGCCACCUUCUAUGUCUGGAACAACAAUAUGUGUGAUAAAUUCUCCAAAGACAACGCUGAUGGUAAACAGUCAAAAGCUUCAAAUGAGGCACCGGCUACUCCGGCCAGUACGAAAGGACGGAAGAAAAACAAAGGCUAGCUUUGGAUACAUCAGAUGACGUCGACUUCCGUUUUCGAUCCAGGCGAAAUUUACAACUGUGCCAUUCCAAGGCUGACAAUUCUUAUCUUUUAGAUAUUUGUCAUAGAAUCAGUCAUAUAGAGCAUGUCCUCACUGUAAAGGAAAAUCGACGUGCUAAGUUUCCUUCAGCUUGCCAAAUUACAGAUAUUUUCUAGGUUCUUUUCGGAAAUGUAUGGUCGAGAAACGCUGAUUGAAGGACUUCAAACACAUGUGAUAAAGAAAUCUGUGAUACAAAUAAUGCUUUGUUUUACCUACUAGGUAUUUCCAUUUAUCAUUUUUCAUACAAAAUAUUUAUUGCAUCAAUGCUGCAAAAUCCAGCAUUUUUUUAAAAAUUACAUGUAUCAGUAUAUUGACAUUGUAUUUAUUUUAUUGCACAUUUCCAUGUAGAAUUAAACCUAGUCAGCUGGUACUGUGUCUCCUUUCAAGGUGAAAACUGGUAUGUUUUAAUGUGCACUUGUAUUCAUAUAGGUAUUAUCUCUAUAAAUACAUAUGGGGAAGCCAAACUUAUUACUGUACUAGCAUCGCUGCUUAACACAAGAAUGUACUCGUUUUUAGCUCACCUGGUCCAAAGGGC